UGCUGUUCCCGGUUCGCUCUCGGAGUCUUUCCACCGCUCUAAAGUUUUAGUGGAAGUUUACCUUUUUCCAGAUUUGUCGGAUGAGCCGAGUUCACUCGUGACCGGCCUGACAGCGAGAUGAGCGGACAGACGUUCCCCGCGGACUUCUCGGGACACAUGCUGGACCUGGACGAGGACGACGACCUGGAGGUUUUCAGCAAGAACACAUCGCUGGCAGAUAGCAGUCCCAUGCCCAACUCUCCCAGCUCCAUGGUCAACCAGUACAGACCGGAGGAGGAGGAGGAGGAGGAGGAGCAGCUGCAGCAGCAGCAGGGUGCCAAUGACAAAGACAUCUUCAUCACCGUCGAUAACCCCGAGAGCCACGUCACUGCCAUCGAAACCUUCAUCAUGUACAGGGUGGAGACCAAGACCACGCGGGGCGAGUAUGACUCCAGUGAGUAUGAGGUCCUCCGGCGCUACCAGGACUUUGUGUGGCUCCGAAGCAAACUGGAAGAAACCCACCCCACUCUCAUCGUCCAUCCACUGCCGGAAAAGUUUGUGAUGAAGGGCAUGGUGGAGCGCUUCAACAACGACUUCAUCGAGACCAGGAGGAAAGCCCUGCACCGCUUCCUCAACAAGAUCUCCGAGCAUCCCAUACUGUCUUACAGCCAGCACUUCAAAGUCUUCCUCACAGCACAGGAGUUGUUGUCCCACAAGAAACAGGGCCCAGGCUUCCUGAGCAGGAUGGGGGAGACGGUGAGGGCCGUGGCCAACUCGGUGCGAGGCCUGAGGAGCCGGCCAGAGGAGUUCAGUCUGAUGCAGGAGUACGUGGAGGACUUCAGUAACAAGAUCUACUCCGUAGACAAAGUCACCCAGAGGAUCAUCAAGGAGCAGAGAGAGUAUCUAGAUGAGCUGAAGCAGUACAGCCCCACCUACGCCCAGUGGGCGGAGUCAGAGGAGGAGCUGGCGGAGCCCCUGAAUGGUGUGGCCAGCUGCGUGGAGCGGUGCAGUAAGGAAUCGGACGAGCAGAUCCACCAUAUGUCUGAGGUCCUCGUCCCCGCUCUGCACGAGUACGUCCUCUGCACUGAGACCCUGAAGGCCGUGAUGAGACGGAGAGACAACAUCCAGGCAGAGUUUGAAGCCAAGAACGUGGCCCUGGCUUCCAGACGGGCGGACCAAGAGUCGCUGCAGGAUGAGGUGGAUGGUCUGGCGGACCGCGUGGAGCUGGCCAACAACGCCUUGAGGGGAGACUGGUCCCGCUGGCAGAACGGCAUGAGAUCUGACCUCAAAUCAGCCUUUCUAUCCACCGCUGAGAAGAACGUGGAUUACUACGAGCAGUGCCUGGCUGUGUGGGAGUCCUUCCUCCUGUCUCAGAGAGUGGAGCCCGGUGAGCAGAGAGACGGGGAAGACGAGCCUCUCCCAACACAUCCAAUUAUAGACUGAACCGAUGCCCACUCACCCAGAUGUGCAUCAUGUACGAAACAAGCGCUCUCUCUUCUUUUUCUCUUUCUUUCUGGCCAAAGACGUAAAUCCCAGCCCACCAUUCCAGUGAUGAUUACUCAUCCCUAAACCAACCCUGUGAUCCAAAUAUCCACUGUGUGGCGUUUACAGUCCACCGUGUGCGUUGUCAAAAGCUAAAAGCAGGCUCGCGGCUCGUCUUUGUUGUGCAUUAUCUUUGGUAGAAACAGGAUCUGUACUCUGUGUAGAUGACAUAUAUUGUCAAUAUUUCCUCCAUGUUUAGGGUGUGCCUCCUCAAAGGGAUGCUGCAUCCCAAAAUACCAAACUAAUAAUCCAACCAGGUCUCCCUCUCCACUAAUUUGACUGACAAAGUAAGAGUGGUAAACUCUUGUGCCAAGUUCCAUGUUAAAGCAGUCUGAAAUUUCAAGUAAUGUCACUAAUCGUAUGCAUUUGAAACCAUCUGAUGGAGGAAUCGUAGAUACAAAUGCACAUUAAACAUACUCAAAAUGUGUUAUGAACUGCUUCUACCACUGCUUGUUUUUUUUUUUUUCAGGGAUCAUAGUGUAUUAUAUUCUUAUGGUUUUUGAAAUGCAUUAUGUAUUCAGCAGAGACCAGGACUCUGGUGGGACGAGAGGAGGCGGAGUCUGUAUUGUCAUCAAUGGUGCUUGGUGCUCAAACACAGUCAAUGUCGAUGGACAACAUUUCCCUGAUGUUGCAUUUUCAACGUGAAGAUGUUGGCCAUAUUGACCAGAGAAUAUGUAGUUGCUUCUAUUUAUACUCCUCCGGAUGCAAAUGUGAACAUGCACUUAAGGAAUGCACUACUGUUUUAGUUAUUUUUAAUAAGCAGAUGGAUUUGGCAGACAGUAAUAAUCCCAUCAGUGCUCUUCUUGGGCCACAGAAAUCUUGACAUUAAUUAAUCGCUGUUAAUAUCCAUCGAGCAAAUAAAACAUCACAGGCUGAAACAUUA